CGGAAAGAUUCGUCUGAGCGCUGAGUGUUUCUGGACUUUUUCAAGUAAGUGAGUAGACGCUGGAACCUAACUUCCUUAUUACAUUCACAGCCGCAUAGUGUAACUUAACCUCUCAAAUAGCAAACAUGUUAUGUAUAUCUGGACUGGUUACGGUACUGAUAUUACAUGUGAACGUGGCGACUUAAUCAGACAACAAAUGUUAGAAUGUAGCUAGGAUCUUAAGCGUAACUAAGCGGCCGUCUGAAUAAUUGACCCUACUUUAAAAUUAAACACGACAACUCGGACCAGAAUUUUAUGGAGCAACGAAAACCUGUAAUGCAGUGCCGUCGUGAAGCUUUGAAAUGCUACAAAUGUACUGAAAAGUACCUUCCGCUAUCGCAAAACCGGCAUUGCAAAUGCGAUCAAGAGUUACAUCACGCAUCUAGUUUUGCUUGUUUGAUUUCUCCUUUUGUGGUAAACUAUUCUACUUGCCAAUUUGCAUUGAUUAGCAUUCAGCGACUAUUUUAAGUGACUCAAUAUGAGUGAUUUUGUUUCAGUUAUUGGAUAAUUGUCUUUGAAGAAAAGGUUAGCCGAGGUUUGAAACAUAAUUUGGUUAUGUGAAAUUACAUAACUGUCCUGAUGUCGAUAAUUCUUUUACAUUUUGCAUGAAAAUCGAGAAAUAGCUGAAUGUCACUUGAGGGAUCGAUGAAUAACCUGUUCGCGGGCUCAACUUAAUCAUCAAUGACAUUCCAAGUCCAGUCUCUUUACAUUUAUAGAUGUUUAUGGGCAGGCCAAACUGAUUAAAAAUAACUCUUUUUUAACCGAAGAGUGAAAAAUAAAGAAAACACUAAAUACCGUUUCCUGACAUGGUGACCUUGUUUUACGUUGCUCUCAGGUGUGGAAUAUAAACAAAGGCUUCCCACUACGCAUACUUAAUGGAAUUUGUCUCGGUUUAGCGACAGGCAAAUACGUCGUAGUUAGGCUUUUUUCACACAAUAAAAUACCCGCUAGAAAUGCCGCACUUUGACUCUUCUUCGAUAUUUGUAAGUUAAAACAAUUUUUUUUUUUUAGCAAAACAGAAACGGGUUACAGGCGUGUAGUUAUAAGGUUCAUUUCCUACCCUGAUCUUGGCGGAGACCACUCAAAGUCCUUUAGAAACGUGAUCCAUUACAAUUUGCCUCCUUGUUUUAUGAUCAAUCUUGUAAAAUAUGAUAGAACUUCAACAACUUUCCUUAACUGAGUCCAAAGUUAAGUUAGUUCUCGUAAACUGAUUUGAGUUAACAGGAAGUCAGCGUUCAUUACCAUGACGUAGUGUGUUUGAUGUAGCAAAAUCAAAUAUUGAAGGUUACCAAAACAUAAACUUCAGCCAAUUAUCUGUAGGAGUAAGAUAACAAAUUCACACAGACCAAGGUCACCAGUUGUCACCAGGUGACAAAGUACGUCUUAGAAAUAUAAAAAGAUUUUUUAAGAAACGUUUCUCUACAAAUGGUCAAUCUUUCACUCUGAUUCCGUGAUAAGUUGCUUUAACAGUCUCCCUAUUGAAAUGCUGAAACUAUGAGAGACAAACCUGGGAAAAGAGAUAAAAUUUAAUAAGAUCAUUAAAAGAGGAGGCUGUUUUUAAUUCAGAAAUUUGAUGAAUGAAAACUAGUAUAUAAGAAUUAGUUGGUAUCCUGACUUGCUUACUUUUUGUUCAUUUGUAUUAUUACUGUCGAGGAGUAAUUAAGUCUGACAUGAAUUUUUCUCAUCGUUCACGGAAAUCUUUUCUAUACAUCAUAUCAUCCAGAUUUUCUUGUCACUAAAAAACCGAUGAGGACUCACGCAGGGUCAGAAUAAAACGAUUUCAAAACAGAGAUAAAGCGUUUUUAUUAAAAUCCCCAUGAACUGUAGUCUAGAAGUUUACAGAAAAGUCUGAUUAUUUUUCUCUAAAAUUGCUUUUGAGUAUAAUUUCUGAUAAGUCGUGAUGAAAUGAUAAAAAAUUAUCAAGAUAGAAAUGGUUUUGUAAACGUAAGCGGUAUUGAAAUCUUUAAAAAAGAUUAUGGAGUAAGGAAAAAGGGUUACAGGAAACCAAUGACCCCUUUUUUUCGGUAUAGUCUAUCUUUGAUCAUCACUUACGCCCUGUUUUUUUUUUUUCCUCGUAAGACUUGUCUUUCUCAAGACAGACUUAGAGCAAUUACCUCUGUAUAAUAAACAUUAGAAAUAUUUUUUUGGAAAGUGUUCUUAGCAUCAAUCAUGAGAAGUGAUUAUGAAUGUACAAGGUGUUGUUGCUCCUGUGCGUAUGGCGACCCCCUUUUACUGAAUUUUUUUUUUUUUAUCAACGUCAGUAUCUAAGUGACUGCGUACUUACCCCUCCCCUGAACCCAACAAAAGUCAACUGAUAACAAGUUAAGGUUAAUUUUGGGUCUAGGGGAGGGGUAGGUGCUGAGGUACUGACACUGAUUAUCAUGAUUUUGGCCCAUUUAUAUUAACAUAAUGUAAGAUCUUGCUCAAGAAAUUUUUUCCUUAAAAAGAGUAUACGACAUUUCAUUUCGAGAUUACGUUCCAAUUAAUUUUCCUUGACUCUUGACACGCCUAAGAAUUACACAUUGAGGUCACAAGAAUACAUCAAUCUAAAAAUUUUAGUUUUUCCCCCUCAUUUUUCUCUCACAUAUUAUUCAUCCACAUGAUAUCUGAGAACUGCUGGGAAAGAGAAUCGUUUAGACUUAUCAAGUGAAGAGUCAACUGAAACGGCCCACGUGUUUCUUGUCAUUAAAAUUAAUGCUUGUGACAUGCGUGACUGAUUCUCGCUGAUGGCUGUAUUUUUAUACAAUUUAAUAAGAGCGAACAAGACCAGGUCUGUAAUGUACAAAAUGGAACUACAUCGUGAUAUAGGUAAGAUUUCAAGGUCUUUUGACAAUUAUUUCUAGAUAGGAUUUGGGAUAUUCUGAGCUAUAUUCUCGACAUAAAUAAAUGAUGACAAAAUGCAUGUCCCUACACUCAGAUCGUCUACAAAACAUAUUGGUUUAUUUUGAUUUCUGAUGGUUAUAGACCAGUUUGUCAAUUUGUAACCGCUUGAGAUUUUUUCAUUUUGAACGAGGCUUCAAGUGAACGUUUGCAUCCUUUCUCUACGAAUAAUUCAUAAGCUGUCAUAGCCUGUCACCCGGCUAUUCAAUCCGAAAAUCUGUGUGAAUGCAAUCAGUAAGAGCUCGAGAAAACUAAAUAUCACAACAAUGGAGGUAAAUUUUGUGCCCUCAGAAGUGUCACUGAUCUUUAGACCUCUAUGCAUCGUUGUAAAGUGACAAAUCAUUUGACGUUAAAACCCUUUCUUAAAAACGAUAUUUAGCCAUAAAACUGGCCAGAGAGAAGGUAUAUGAACUAGAAACUAGUAAGAUUUUUGCACAGUUCUCGGCAGCUUUGUCCUUUCGUGUUUACGCUCUUUCUCGAGUGAGGGUUAUUGGUUUGAAAUUUUUGUCGGAUCAUCGAUCGUUAGGGUUUGGACUAAAUCAGAUACAAUUUUUAGCCUUACCUCAAGACUUCCUAAAGCUUCACUCGCAUAUAUUUUCUACAUGUCAUGAUCCUAAUGGUCGAGUCAGUGCUCAAAUAAUGGAUUUUCCUUAUUCUAAAGUUAAUUCGAAAGCAAAUCAUUAAUUACUAAAUAAUGAAGUAAGAUAUUUAGGUUCGAAAAGAUUUGCAUAAUUAGCAAGAUAAUUCCUAUAUGCUGGUAUCAGAAUUUAAAUCUCUGAUGGUAUUCGAGACAAAGAAUUCAAUGAUGACAUAUUUCAGCCUAAAUUCUUCAGUAACACGAGUGAAAGUUUGACCAAUUGGCAUGAUAUCGACUCCAUCAAUUGUUGAAGUAGUGUUUGAAAAUAGCUGUCUUGUAAAACGAAGAAUUUUAGAUACAUGGUGAGAAUACUUCGUACCAUCUGGUGAUCGGCAAAAUCUUAAGUAUGUACCGGAAUAUUAUGAUAAGCUAAACUUCUCGAAUUCAGUUUCUCAUUGGGUUACAAAAAAAGAGUCUUAUUAUAAAAAUUAAAAAUAUCAUGUGUCAUGGUUUUGUAAACUUCUGCCUAAAGAAAGUUUUUGGAAUUGUAUGCUCUCUUGUGGUUUAUCAAAAAUUUUUGAAGUUGGUGGUCCACUUCCACUUUUGGUAGAGAUAAUUUUACAGAUAAGGAGAGAAAAAAUAUUCAUCUGUCUACAGAAAAUGAAUUAUUCUCCUUCUUUGCUAGUUACUAGUUCCAACGGCCGUCCGGCAUCUAUUUUCUUUUUAUCACGGUCGUUUGUGUUGAUAAUAUAGCUAUGCAUAAAUGGAAACGUUACUCGACUGACUUUUUAGAUUCUCGUUUCAGGCCCCUGGUUUUUCUUUUGUGAAUCUCAAAAAAAAGAAAAAAAGAUGAAUAAAACCGUCAGCCAGCGCAUGAAUUUGCGUUGAUCUGAUUUUUCCUUUUAGAAGGCAGUUGUCCAGUCUGGUUUUCGUUUUCAGGCGAAAUUGUUCAGUUUUGUUAUACUCUUUGUACACUUUCGGAAAAAGCUGAUGCUAGAAUCUAUAUCUGACAAGAAAGGUGACAUCAGUAGCAUUAUCAUCUUUUUGCAAUUGACUGUGUUUUACUUGAUUUUUGAAAGUAUUUUCGGAUUUCAGUCGCUGCAAUACGCAUCAUAGUUCAUAAUUGUAAACGUAAUAUACAGAAAUGAGAGUCAUAAAUCAGUUCUGAUCUUCUGAUAUUUCUCCUAUUUAUUAGACCGGGCCGUCCUUGAGAAGACUUUUUCUCGUUUCCUUAACAAAGGUUCUUUUUUUUGUAAUAGAUAUGAUAGCCGUAUAAUUUAGGUAAGAUAGCUGGACAAAUCACGUAAGGUAUACUCUCUCGGUUUGAUGAUUUGUAUUAAAUAGAACAAAAAGAUGUAAAAAAAUGUUCAAGAUUCUCUAAAAACUUUAUGAUAUAUUUUAAUGGCAUAAAGCGUUAAAUGUAGACUUUUCCCUUGUUAGUUUGACGCCUUAGGGGUAGAACAGAUGUACUAUUAAUGUCACCAUGUUUGGUAAAUUAAUGACAAUAUCCUUAACUAUGUAUAAUUAUCGUGCCGACGGUCUGUCGUCGUUGCUGAUAAUUCUUUUAUCUCAAAAUUUCAUCACAAGUGGUGAUCAAUGGUGUCUUACCAGAGACUUAGGCUACUCGCAUUUUUGUCACUCAUAGUUUCGUUAAGUUUUGAGUUUUUUUAAAAAUCCCUACGCGCUGGUUUUUUUUUUAAAUUUUGUGUCAUAAUUAGCCAUGGUUGCUGUAGUUAACGGUUAGAUAUAAAGUAUCCUAGUGUUAUAAAGUAUUGAUAAAUUAAAACUGGAUUUUUCUUCAUUCCCUAUCAUGCUCGUGUUUCUAUUCUGGAUAAUCACAGUCUAAUACUAAAACGAUGCUCCAACCGAGAGCUUGGUGAAAUCUAAGAGUAUAAGAGUUCAUUAUAAAUUGAAAAUUUGAUUUUACUUAUUUUCAGCAUGCUCUUCAGAUUGCAUCAUUAAAUUGACGAUUUAGAAUCAAGAAUUUGAAUGUUCCUGAUUUAUAGAGGGAAGGGGUAAUCGAUUUUCAUCAGAUAAUGAUGGAGGAUAGUGAUAAUCCUGAUGAAGAAUUCAUUCAUCAACGAAAAUGAUUUUAAGUUUAAAUAACUGACAUGGUGGGAUCUGGGGAAAGAAUUCAGUCGAGCUGCAUCAACCCACCUGCGUUUCACAAAAUUGUAAGAAGAAAAAUGGUGGAUUACGAAAUAAAUGCUGUGCAAAUGGUGCAAGUUGCAAGUUUGUUCUUGAUGUAUUCCUCAGUGCUUUUUUUAUGUCUUCAUUUAAAUGGGAUUCCCGUUAGCAUCGAAUGUAGCAAUGCCACUGAGAGCCACGCAUAACGAAUCAACAAAACACCCAGUGCAUUUUAGUAAGCCAUUACUACUUUACCUUUGAUUCUCGCUUUAAGGAACGUUUCUGUUUUUUACCAAAACCAUCAACUUAGGAGACUAAAGGGUUCAAUUGACUUGACUAGUUGCAUACUUUCGGUAAAAUUAAGGAUGAAUCCCUUGGUAAAAAAAGUCGUAUUUAGAAAAGCAAACAAAAUUAUUGAAAAGGCGCAUUACACUCUUAUCUGCUAAUGAGGGGUUUAACAAAGGCGCGAAAAUCAAGAAUACCUUCUUUUAUUUCAAUAUCGUUUUUGAGUACCAAAUAUCGUUCUGAUAGCUAAUGUUUGCGACCAGAGGUACGAUUCUGGCCAAUUUUUUCUCUCAUAGAAGAACGCAACAUUGGCUCAGUGGCUAGUUUUUUGAAAUCAACUUCCCAAGUCGGCUUCCUUUGAGACGCCAAUGACAAAGCCUAGUAAUUGACAUACUCAUUAAGAAUUCCCUAUGUAUGCCGUCCGCCUACCGCUUUUCUUUCCAAAUUGUUUAUAUUUUAACCGUUGUAUUAUGAUUAUGAGUUAAAAGAUGUUUAAAUUUUUUAAGUGUAAAUUACAUGAACUGGAUGCAUCUUCCCAUCAGGUCUCGACUGAGAAGUACAAAGUUUCUCUCUUCUUUUUCGACUCAAUUUUUUUCUAUCUAUUUUUAAAAAUUCUUCUGCAAGUUUCUGUUCACAAUAGUGGUCCAGAUCGAUUAGAUUUAAUUAAGCCCUACAAGUUCUAUAUAUUUUAUGUAUUUAUUUUCUUUAGCAUUAAGGAUAAAAUCUCGUAAAUGAGCAAAAGCAAUUGUUUUAGUAAAGGAAAAUAUCGGAAAAGUUUGUUGAAACUGACAAAUUCAACGUUACUCUUUGGCUUUAGAUUUGAGUUGUUCGAAUUAUUUUACUCGAGUUCUUCUCACGUGCAUCCUACCCUAUAGAAUUGUGUUUUUAACAAAUGUUUUAAACAGAGACAGUAUUUAAGUGUUAAUACUAAAACUACCUUGCACUCUUUGAAAGUAAGGAAUGUAUUUUUAUUCGACGUAGUGUAUGGCCUCUCGGAGUGAAAAUGCAAGUCCCAAGGACUUUUUAAGACUUAUUUUCAACCUUUCCAUCCUUAAAGAAAACUCAAACGUGUCGGCUUAAAGAUUUCCUUUUCUUAAGUUUGACGUAAAAUCUGGUCCUUAAAAGAUUCUUCUUCGAAAAAAUUUGAAACAUUGGCAAAAGAUAAUUAUUUUAUCAGUUCUUAAAAUGUAAGCAGCUAUUGACGAUCCAAUACAAUGAAAACAAGCUACAAGUUUCUGUUUUUGUGUUCAUAGGUGUGGUCUGUAAAAUUUCUUCAGGUGUGAAAAGAUUGAUCCAAAUUAACAAUGUAAAUGGUAACAAGUAUAUUGGAAAUAAGCAUUUCUAACUGGCACGACCAACUGAUUAAUUCGUUGUUGCUAUUAGUUUCUGUUUUUUUUAUUCUUUCAAUUUAAUUCUACUUGGGACAUUUUGUCGUUUAUAUACCUAGUUUAUAUACUAAGUUAAGUGGCUGCGUGAAUGGUAUCAGCGAAAUAAGAAAAUGAGAGUGUGAAUUGUGUCAAAAACAGAAUGUCGACCAGCCAAUCAAUAUUUUAAGAUAAAAAAAGUUUUAAUAUUCCAAGAGGGGUGUUUUCUCGCACUGAUGAUGAUGCGAAGCACAAUUUUGCAAAUAAGUGAAAGGUUAAUAAACUUCAUGUUCAACCCUGUUUUAAGCUCAGUUUUAAUUUUGCUCAAGAUGUACAUGGAGAUUAAUUUAAAAGAACAUAAAUUAACAUGACAGAAUUAGUUGGCCUUCCCGAUGGAUUUCUAAUUUUUUUUCGUCCUGGGGACAUGAAAACGAGUCUGGCAGACCACCUAUGCAACUGCACUCUCCCUGAAUUAUUGUGGUUGGCUGCCUUGGCUUAUGUAAAGCAUAAUUAGCUUAUGAGUAUGCUUUUGCAAAAUAAUGACAAACUGAACUCGCUGGCCAGCGAAAAAACUGUGACAUUAGCUUUUUGAGAAAGAAUGAAGUAUUUUCUUUCCUCAAAGAAAUAUUUGUAUUAGUUAUAGCGAGGCUACAUCGCAGAAGACUAAAACUAAAGGCGAGUUAAACAUAAUUAAAAAAUAACCCUGUUUUCUGUUUUUCAAUUUAUUAAGAUUAAUCUUGUAUGGAGCUGAUAUUGCACUGAAUAAAAUAUGUCCCAGGUCAUUUAUGCUAAAGGGAUAUUUAAUUUUAUUUCUUUAGUGAAGAAGCAACCACUAUUCAUUCAAAUUUAAAGGUAAAUAUUCUAACUGGGUGUUAUUGACCAACUCAGCAAGACACGAACAGUAGUCUAUGUCGUAUCUAAUAGCUUAAAAUACCUGUGAAUAGGCAAACAGAAAAGUUUCUCCAUAUUACAUUAAAUAUUCUUUCUUAAAUGAGUGCUGAAUGAAGAACAAGAAAUGAUUGUCAGCUGAUAGGAGAUUAGAAGAUUAGCUACAUACUGCAUGAUUUUCUUAAAAUCGUAUUUUUCGUUGCCCGUACUCAGGAACUACAAUUUUUUUCAAAAUUCCAGAAAAAAAAAUCGAAACGUGUUUAAUGGUGUGGUGUGAAGUAUGUUUAUAAUAAUGCUUUUAUGAUAAUGCCUCUGUGAACACAGUCCGAUAAAGGGAAGGAAGCUGGUUGUUAUUAAUAAUUCACAAUUUUUGGUUUUGCAGGGAGAAUCAGGCUAAACUCCGUUCAUUCCCGACACUAUUUUGCAUCCACUUCACCUGCGGUUCCAAAGAAACGUUCAAGCUGACUUCUCAAAGAACCUUAGAAAUCAACGAGCCAUGGUGAUCCCAAAAUCAUUCAUCUCUCUGUAUCCAAUCCUGAUUAUCUUAGGUGAGGAAAACUUUCUAGUUAUUUCGCGUGUUGAAGAACAGAUGCCUGUGAAACUUUCACAAGUCAUGAUUGCCUGUCUACUUUUAUUCCCCUCUGAUGGGCACACGAAACUACGGUAAUACUGAGUUACGUUUUUCUUUUUCUUGACCUCCAAUCUACCGAAAAAAACUUUCUCAAAGGUGUAGCAAAUCUCAUUUUUUUUCACCAAGAAAAUUUAUCUUUCAAUGUUAUUCAGCGACGUUUAUACGUAGCAAAUAAGAAAACUGGAUGAGCGCAUCACCACAAGGAUGCAAGCACAUACAAAUAUUUUGAUUGUGGUUUAUAUCGAAAUGUUAAACUAAAUGAAAAUUUACUUUCCUUUUGUAGAAUAAUAAGGAUUCCGUGUCUUUCGUGUGGUGUUGCCCGAAAUUUCAAAAGAAAAUUUAGACACGUUCUCGCCGCGAUAGAAGUUUAUUAGAAAUUGUUUUGCAGCAUUUAGUUCCCUUCGCUGAUGUGUCAGGAUAUUAUCGAUUCCAUCUUCGACACAUUACUAUAAUCAAACAAUAGCGACGUUGGAGGCGAAUGACAGAAGCACGGAGUAAAUGAAACAGUUUAUCCUUAUAUAUGAAGAUGAAACCGGCAGCAGAGGAGUUUUGCGUAAAUUAAAGGUGUUCGCAAUCGUCUUUCAACGUGUAUCUCAAAUGAUUUAUCGAUAAAAUCAGUUCGACUACUGGAUUUCUGAAUUUUAUUCUGCCAGACUUGUUACAGUAUGAAUAAUUAAUUUCUGGAGUGGAUUGAAAUUCAAUUCAAAAUAUCCUUUCGUUGGUCGAUCAAACAAAAGUUGAAAUAGCGAUUCGGCGUUACUUCUAGAAUGUUUUGUAAACUUGAUAGCAUGAAGAAAAAGAUAACGAAUAUAUUUUGUUUUCCUAGUAAUGAAAUCAGUCUAAUGCUUUGAGGAAGCUUAACAACAUUUUUGCCCGCUUCGUCUGUGGGGGUUCUAUUUUGGCUACAGUGGUUCUGCCGUUGUCAAAAUCUUAUCAGUUAACUUCCUUAUCGCAAGAAAGCUCGCUUAAUUUUUUUUAUAUAUAAAAAGCCCCUGUAAGAUUAAAGCAGUCCGAAUAUUGUUGCUUUAGUAAUUUCAUUUGCAGUUCCCACUGUUUUUAUAGCGCAUUUUCCUCGUUCCUUGGCCAAAAUAUUGGCGAUCACACAAACUAUGACAAGCUCUGUAUUGCUUGAAAUUUUGCUGAAUAACUAACCGUCGUAUAAGAGUCUUAUACGAAUCUUUCGUGCACCAUUUGCGAAUGCAUCCAAAGUGAAAUGAUGUGUGAUGUUAGAUUUUAUUCGGUUCCAAAAUAUGUUUCCCGUGCCUUCUUUCUCGUUUUCAGGUUCGAUAUGAAUCGCGCUAUCAAGAAACCGAACUGUAAUUGAAACAUAAAGGUGUUUAAAUGAUUCAACUGUUUAUGAUGUAAAUGAUAAUUCUCGUGCAAGUUUCAAAUUUUGAGACAAACAAAACUGCUGGAGGGAAGUCGCAUAAGCACAACAAUCCCUCGACCUUAAAGGCAAACAAAGCGGGAGUGCACUAAUUUAAAAGUAGAGAAAGUUAACUGAAGAUAUAUAAUUCCCCGUAAAUGCUCUACGGAAUCGUUUUCCCUAAAAUUAUGAUAAUUUUUUUUCAAACUAGGAAAAGGAUUGUCUGAGCAAGCUUUCAAUGCCAGUGUGAACGAAUCCCAUCCCAUUAUCAGUGAUGGUAAGUGAUACCCACUCGUAAGCGAUAAUAUCAAUAGACUCUAGAAGAUGACAACGAAAAGUGAGAGAUACACGGCUAAGUGCACAGAAGGCUGGAGAUCUGUGUAAGCUCUUUCUCCUCUCUUUGGGAAGCUGGCAGUUUUUACGACUAUCUAAUUUAGCGCAGCAAUAUCUUCAGAGUCGUGUGCUACAACCUUACUUGCUGUAUAAGGUAUCGUUGGCUGCUUGUUAUUAUUGCACUUAAGGUAAGAGAAACAUUUUUUUUGUCGUUUGUUGAUGUCAAUUAUUUCCCUUUCAUUAAUCAGAAUUAGAAGAGGAUGACGACGAAGCACGACUUGUGAAAGAUCUAUUCAAGGGCUACAACGAGACUGUCCGUCCAACAGAAGAUAAGCAGUUGCCCAUUGAAGUAAAAUUUGGUAUUGCGUACACACAGAUUGUUGACCUGGUAUGUUUUUUGAAGAAUGAUAUUUUCAAAGCCCAAGCUCCUAGUUACAUUGAAAGAGUGCGAUGUAACUGCCGAUCAAAUUUGCCAUCACGGAAGCAUAUGAGUUGAAUUUGCUUGUUAGUGUUUCUCUAAGCUAUACAAUUUACCUUCUUUUACUUUUUGCGUCAUAUCCAUUUUCUCUGAAAAAAGUGGACGAAGAGCCAACUUUUGGAUGUGAAAUCCAAGUUUUAUUGUUCUUUCUUUUUAUUUUUUUAUACUAAUUAUAAGACAACUGAAGACAGUUAUUUAUUUUCGAUAAUAAAGUCGAAAACCACGAUUUCUUUUGUUUUGUCAAAAACCCAACAGAUCGAGAAAGAUCAAGUGCUUGUAAGCAACAUCUGGGUCAGAAUGGUAAGUAACCACUCUUGCACUCUAUACCAGACUGAAGAAAUGAAAGCCGACUGAAUAGCUUGUAAAACUACAUCUUCCGUAGUUUUCCACUUUAGGUUACACUGGUGAAUUUGGUUCUUUCCAAAGCUGUUGCUUCAUUACUACCUUCAUCAUACUCUUUUACUUUCAUCACUUAGGAUCUUCUCUGUUACAGUGAAUACCAAAAUAUGAAAGCGAAGUGAGGAUCACCGUUUUUUUUUUCCCCGAGUAUUCCAACAAUUUUUUUUACAUAAAGCACGUACUUGUAGCUGUUAUAUUAAAAAAAAAAGCUUGUAUUACCCAAAAAAGUUCUUUGAUCUAUCGUAGACCUGUUGACCAGUUUUAUAAUCCUUGAAUACAUUUUAGUUCUAAUUAUGUUACUUUUAGCCGGGAUCGAGGGCCACCAGUUCAUCAGUUUCCAUUAAUUACUAUUAUGUGUUACCCUUCACAAAGAAAGUUGUUAUUAUUAUAUUAUUAAUAUUAUCAUUAUUUCUAUAUUAUCAUUAUUAAACACCAGGCAUGGAACAACCAUCUUCUAAAAUGGAACGCUUCUGAGUACGGAGGAAUAAAAACAAUUAACCUGAGUCCACAUAAGGUCUGGCUUCCCGACAUUGUCCUUCACAAUAAGUAAGUCAUAGUAAAAUGAUGAGAUAAAAAAAGAAAUGGUCGAGUUGAAAAAGCCAUCAAUCACUUUUUACUGGAGAGGAUUUUCAAGUAACCUAUAGAGGAUCUUUAUCUUUGUAUAUUUCCCAAGCGGAAAAUUGCCACCGUUUUGCAGAACACUAGAAAAAUGAGGGAUUGUUUGCGUAUUGCAAAGAAUUAAGUCAAAAAGGUGAAAUUUUUGUGACUUUUUAGAGAUUGCCUUACUAGCUGCUUAUACCUUAUAGGUAUAUAACCUCAAAUUGAAUGCAUUUUCACUCCAGACAUGGCCAGUAUCUACAUGUUUUAUGAAUAGGUAGGACAGAAUCCACGCAACGAUUCUCUCUCAACCGAGAGUCUAGCCAAACAUCAUUAACAAAGACUUCCGGAGAAAAACAUGCGAGUUCAAUUAAAAACCUAUCGGUUUUCAUAUGUUAGCGGCCAUAAACUGCAACCAAUAAAAAACAUAAUGGCUCACUUUAAGAAAAUAUUUUUCGUCAGUGCGGAGGAAUUGCUUCCAAGUGGAACUCUAUACCUCUUUAAAACCAAAGUGAUCUUGACUUCAGACGGAUCAUGUACGUGGUACGCCCCAACUAUACUUCGCAGUAGUUGCAACAUCGACAUCACUUACUUCCCGUUUGACGACCAGAUUUGUGAGCUUAAAUUCGGUUCCUGGACAUACCACGGACUUGAAGUGAACAUUGUUCAAAUGCGAGAUACAGCAGACCUUAAUUUCUACAUGAAGAGUUCCGAGUUUGAGCUUAUCUCUGCCAAGGCUAAGAGAAACGUAGCCAAGUACAGGUAAAUUUUUCACCAAACAAUAGCCUCAAACUAUUAAUGGCUAAUGUAGAACUUUUAUUUUUGAUAAAUCGGGGUAGACCCCCUUCUGAUUUCUCUUGUUGCAAGUAACAACCUUACUUGUAGAAAAGGAAAUUACAAUCUUUUAUGCAAGACUUUAUUCAGUCGACGUAACACUGGACGUGAUAGAAAAUUGGAAAGAGAGGGCAAGUUUCUACCAUGGCUGGGGGUAAAACAAGAUAAAUUGGUUUCACAAACCUAGUAUGUAAAAGUAAAUUGGCCACCGUAAAGGGCAUCUAAAAGCUGAAGUCAUCUGACACUCGAAACGUCAGCUUAAAAAACUCUUUACUGUUGCCAAUUUAAUAACUUAAGUCGGUUCAUAAUACAAUUUUAUGAUGAUAAAAUUGGUUUGGUCAUCAUAAGGGUUUUUCAUGAAGGAAGUAGAGAAAGGCGAAACAAGAAUUAACGAUCCUGGUUGAAUGGUAAAUCUGUGAUUCAAAUUGGUUUCCAAAUUUAUAAGAAGUCCUCUGUAUCUAUAUUCUAUAGAGGCAUGUUUCUAUCCAGCUGUAAUUCGCACAGGUAAUAUAUCACAGCUCAUAUCGAACUCACGUCAAACUCGUAAUAGUUGCAUUAAUAACAUAAGACGGUACAAAAACGAAUCACGAUAACCUAAACUGAUAUUAUAUACAGAAACCAACAAUCGGGUAGUGAUCUCCAAUAAUAACAGCGGCAUACGAUGUAUUUCGGCCUCUGGGACUUUGGAAUUUCCUUUUUAGUGAUACAUUAAAAUUAUUUUAAGUUUGCAAAAUAUUUCUUUCCGAAUCUCAUAGACCGCAUUUUUUUGAAAAUAAUAUGAAAUCAAUUUUUUCCUUUGUUAAAACGAGCUUGAAGAAUGCAUAAAACAGGGUUUUUGACUUGUGAGACCUUACUUGCACUUCUUGCACUCAUUAGAGCUGGCAGGUAAAUUAGUCUAUGUUGCUGGUCAAAUUUUAAAUGAAUAAGUCUUGAAUUUAUAUGAACGAUGCAAGUCGUAUAACAAAGCAUGCAAGUCCACCGAGCACGUUGCACAUGGCAUCAAGAUCCUACUGUAAUAUUGUGUUCUAUUACACGCAGCUGCUGCCCGGAGCCUUAUCCAGAUGUGACAUUCUUCCUUCAUCUUCGUCGUAAGCCUGGAUUUUUCCUCUACAAUAUCAUCAUUCCCUGCUUGGUGAUAACCUCACUAGCUGUGCUGACAUUUGUCCUCCCACCAGAGAUCGGCGAGCGAGUGACUCUGGUAAUUGAAUCUUUCUUAGCUCUGUCAUUCGUCGUUCUAAUGGUUUCGGAUAGCGUUCCUGUUACCUCCGACAACGCUCCUCUCAUCACAAAGUUUCUGAUUAUUUCCAUGUGCCAGAUAGGGGGUGCUCUGAUCGCAAACUGCAUUUCACUGAACCUCUACAAAAAGUACCGGAUGCCCCAAUGGGUGAGAGUGGUUUUUCUCCACUACUUAGCCCGAUGUUUGUGCAUUAAUUCGGGCCAACCGAAGGACAAAAUUGAAAAACGUUCACAUCUUGUGAAAGGUCGACCAGCGGAACUGACGGUUCUUGAGGACAGAAAACUCUCGGGAACAAAACCCCUGGGAUCACCGGGUGGACACUCCUUAAAAUCUCCGACUCAUCAUCACACAGCUCUCUUUCGAUCAGCCCAGGACCUUCAUUCAAAGGUUACAGAUGGACUCGCGGAGCUUGCACAGUCUGAAAUCAACCAUGAAGAACACCGUGCCAAUCGUCAAUUCUGGAUUUUCGUGUCACGAGUUGUAGACCGCGUUUUCCUGCUAAUAUUUUCCAUAGCGUUCGUCUGUUCUUCGUGUGCAAUAUUUGCUCAAGUGCCAGAUCAUUAUAAUUUACUCUUGUAGGAUCGUAGCUAACCGCGAUUGUGGUUUCCAGUAAGAGGACUAAGCAAGAAACUUAUAUUAUAGGGUCAGAACUGAGUCAUUAAUCUUUGAUUUCUGUGAAAUUGAGAGUUUCUCUGAACGACGGACAAUGCAAAGUGUCAUCGAUUAUGACUUACGAGUUUACGUUUUGCGUAGUAAGAUAAUUGAUAUGAAUCUUGGAAAUUGGCCUCAGAGUAAUAAACAAAAAAAAGAAAUAUGUAACCUUACACGAUUAAGGGCUUUCCUACCUAGGAGAAACAAGAUUGUAUGAUUGUUCGUCGUUUUCUAAUGCGAAACAAUUAUGAAUAAUGGAGUCUUUCAAUCGAAAAUAGAAGAAUGUUAUUUUUAAAUCUCUGAUUGAACACAUAAUCUUUUCGUUGUUUGGCUAGAGCCGCUUCAUCUUGUGAUACAGUAAGUUGCAUUUACCCCUGAAACAUCAUGCAUUACUGUAGGAUUUGUAUGAACCGAAUGUUUUAUAGGGCAGAGGACCAUUAAAAAUGGUCAGAAACAGUUUCACUAGUUCAUCAGCUCCCACUUCCUUGAAUCUCGAAAUAAUUUGCUCUUUGAUUCUUCUGCUGAGUGUUGUAGGAUGUCAAUUUUUCAAAAACAACCGUCAACAUGGAUGAAUAGAAUAAUUUUUUUAGUUAUGCCUAAAACAAUGAAAAUAAAGGAACAUUCAUCGACAGGAGUGUUUCAACUUUUAUAUUAUUUUUUAUCAAAACAAAUUUCAGAUUUAUGAGAAAACUUUCUACCUUUGCAUUAUUUUUAUCAUCAUCUCAGCGUGGAGUCAUAGGAAAGUAUUUUCCCCCUCCCCAAGGAUACUAUCGCGGAAAUUUGAAAACAACUCCUUAAUUCUUCAAUAUAAACAUUAAAUUCUGCCAGUUGCAUUGUAGAAAAAAAAGCCAACACUAUAAAAUUUUAAACCUGAACUUGGGACAAUACUUAUCUACCGCGGUGUUGACAUUUUCCACGUUUUACAUUCUAAGAUUUUGAUAAACCAUUUAUAUUCGCACGAAAUCGUGGACUUUCAGAUACUUUUUGUCGCCUUAAAAAAAUGCUCACAUCAGUACAGUUGCAACUACUAUAUUACUGUGAGAUCUACAUAGGAUAUUGGCACCCUCCAGCUCAAUUAUUUCCAAAGGCUUCAAUUAUUGAUAUUACGUUCAAGAAAUGAUGAUGGAAACAAAUGUUAUUUUUCGUAGAUUUUUUUUUAUCCUCAUUUGUUUCGUCUUGUUUCAGUUCUUACUAUUUCCCUUAUCACGAUUUCUCCUUUCUCAAAUUAUCGACAGCAAACGCCGAGAAACCCGACCCAAACAUGAUAAAAUGUACGCCACCUACGCAGCGAAAAAACAGCUUCGCCAGAAUGAACUUUAUCCACAAGUACUCGAGUAAGGCAAUUAACAACAGCGAAACCCACUUUGAACUAAGGAACCCGUGUAGCUUGACAAACACAAACACAGACACUAGGAAUAAGUAUGAGGUAUUCAGGAUAAAGUUCUUUGGCAAGAAAGGUUUCAAAGAGUUUCGAGUAUUGUUUUUCGGGAAUUUGGUUAUAAUCAAAAGCGUAGGGAAUUUCAAAACGGAUUGUUAUGAGCCGUUUGCUUUUAUCUAUUGUUAACUAUCGCAUAAUUAAUUAAUACAGUCAGAAAAAUAUUUUAAAUUCUCCUUGGGUUUUGCGAGCCUCGGAAAGUCUUGUAGAAUCUCUGGCAAUCAAGGUUCGCCCAAAAAUCUCUGGAAUUAACUCGGUGACAACGUCAAAGUACAUAAGUCUUUUCUUAGCAACUCAUGUAGCUCUUCCCCUCUAACUGAAAAACUUAUAUGUGUACUGUUUAGAAUAGAUUUUUCAUUUUUUUCUCCUCUUUUAAGUAGAAAAAUAAGUGAAACUUCUUAAAAAGAACUACAGUGAGAGAAAUACGAAGGGAAUAGGUUACGGGUCGAAAUUUCUGCCGAGAGGUUUUACUCUACUCGUCCUUGUAAGUAAAACGUCUCUUCAUCUAUUGGGAUUUCUGAGGCAACCUCAACAACAAUGUUGCAUUUGCUUAGAACAUAACUUUCCUAAGAAAUUAAGCCACUGGACCGAAGAUUUGUCCUUGUACCAUGAAUUGAAUAAGAGACAACCCAAAAAAGAACUGGACCUACCGUUUAAAGUGACUGGAUAAUCGAAACAUGCCACAGAGACUGAUGAACAUGGAAAGCGAAGUCCACACCAAGACACGUGACCAUCUAGAACAACUACUAGCCACGGGUACACUCACGGAAAACAGACACACGGCUCUCAAGGUACAUGACUUUCCAAAUGAUAUACCAGCAACAGAAAGGUACGUUGACAGUUUCGGUUGACAAAUACUAAGUUUCUGGCAUGGCUGUGUAUUCUGCCGAGACGGUAAACAAAACUGAGUUGCGACUGAUAUUUAGGUUGUUUGGUUUAAAUUAAACAAACAAAUUGCAAUUGGCGCAAAUUUCUUGAGAAUAAAAAAAUUGAAGUACAGCUCACUAGUGAAAAAUUGGCAACAUUCACACGCCAUCAGCGGGCAGUAGAGACAUUACAGGAAUUGCCAGCAUUCGUGCGUUAACAGUUAACAAACCACAACUGUUUAAACAUCCAAUCAUGCAUUGAUCUGAAAGUUGGGUGUCUCUUGUGCUUGUCUAUUAUGUGUUUAAGGUUUUUUUUUUAGAUUGAAAACAUAAUACUUUGACUUAGAAAAGGAUGAAUAUAGCAGUCAUGAAUCAAGAUGAAUUUUUUUAGCUGAUACCAAUUGUUUGAAGAGGUCGAUUUCUGCAACAAACAAUUUUCUUUUCAAACAGUAACUGUGUGUGAUUCGAUUUCCUUUGAGGUGUUUCCUCAUGUGUUUGUACCUAAGAACUUUCUACUUUCUUUUUGCAGCUGCUGCCCAGAACCAUAUCCUGACAUAACCUUCUACGUCCAUAUGCGCCGUAUACCUGGCUUCUUCCUCUUCAAUAUCAUCAUUCCUUGUAUGGUGGUCACUUCCUUCUCAGUCCUGACCUUUGCAUUUCCACCGGAAUCCGGCGAACGAGUGACUCUUGUCAUAGAGUCAUUCUUAGCCAUGUCUGUGGUUAUCCUUAAUGUCUCAGAUAGCAUUCCAGUAACAUCAGAUGCUACGCCUAUCAUUGUUAAAAUAUUGCUGGCUGCAAUGUUUCAGAUUGGUGGCACCUUGGUUGCCAACUGCAUAUCCUUGAAUAGUUACAAGAAGACGGAGAUGCCGCAGUGGGUUCGAGUGUUCUUUCUUCAUUAUCUGGCGAGAAUGCUGUGCAUCAACACCGGACAUCCAAAAGCUAACGUCAGGUCCACAAGACGAGUGGAUGUUAAGGUAUUGAGGUUAUUAUAUUAUCUUCCUGAGGGCUGUUAAUUGUCCUCAACUGAUGACAUCUGCACGGGGAAAAUAAAGCCAAAGAAAGACGCCGCUGACAGUAUAAUUUCCUCCGAAAUACAGCUCAUCCUACCUGUUGAGCUAGUAAUUUCAACUUCCAAUCUCAUGAUUAAAAAGUAUGAAUACAUAUGGUUUUUUUGGUCUUAAAUUGAAGGUUAGCUUAUACACAUACACUGGUUCGUGUGCAAUAUAAGUAUACAUUGGUUCACUUGCUGAGCAGUAACUGAUACAAAUUUCACUAUGGUGAAGCUCAGCCAUAGAGGGUGUAUCAAUAAAGUCUUUUAAAGACUCCAUUUAAUAGUAAACUUUCCGCUGAAACCAGAAACGACUAAACAAUGUAGCAGAAAACUUUGACGUUUGGUGAUCAUAAUUCCAGUAACUGAUUUCAAUUAUUCCCUUUUCCCUUUCUUAAUUUCAUUUCAAGGUGGAGGAAUUUGAAAGCAAUUGCAUCAAGCUGGUGGGAGCAAAAACAUUUAAACCGGUAAACUUGUCACCGAGCAAGCUGCCUGCUACAAUCGCCAAGCCCCCAAGCACCUUGACAAAAAUCACGGAGGGAAUUAGUGAGCUCGCGAGGAGAUCUAAGAAAGAGGAAGACGCUGAACUGGACAGAGAGUUCUGGAUCUUUGUAUCUAAGAUUGCUGAUCGACUCUUUUUAAUAAUUUUCUCUAUGGUUCUGCUUUCCUCGACCGGUGCCAUUCUAGCGCAAAUACCAAUAUACGCAAAUUCCCCAUUUCAAUAAUGUGAAAUUGGGUCAGAAAAAGGUUUAUGUAAACAAGACUCGGAAUUAGGUUAAUCAAACAUCGCCCCAUAGUGCAAUUGUCUUAUCCAUGCGCUCAUCUUAGGAUAGUGAUCUUUUGUGGAUUUUUAGUAUGAGUCCACAUAACUGGCGUUUAAAAGGAAACUAUAGGAAGUAAAUUAAUUAACUUUUGAGUUUCCCUUUAUCCUCUAUCGAAAGCGACCUGUAUCAUCAAUGGUCAGAUCAAUUGAUCAACUUAGUGAAUCUUUAGCUAAACAAACAUUAAUUCUGAAUUACACUUGUUGAUUUUAGGUAGACAGUAGUUAAUUACAAAUUAACAUAUUAAGAAACCCCAUUUUCGGUGAAUAGCGGUUUCUAAAGUUUCCUAUGGUUGAAAAUGACGAUAGCGACUGAUGGGCAAACUAAUAUAUUUAAAACAGUUAAAGUGGUAAAAAUACUCAGCACUCAAUGAAUAAAUUCAAUCAAUAUCCCGCCAGUUAUGAUUGAGUGAACUGGUAACCUAGAAUGCAGUUUACUUUGCUUUCAACAGGUGGUAAGCGCGGGUUUGCUUUAAAAUAUCAAACUGCAUACAGCUAAAAAAUUUCCCUUAAUUGCUUUUAUAAAUUCCAGCCAUUCAUUUCCCAGUAUAUUGUACUAACAAUGAAUAUCUCAGAAGUGUAAUCUUUAUUAAGCUGUGAAGUUUUGAAAAUAGAUACGUCGAUGAUUAAAGGGGGAAAGUUUCUAGAGAAACUGUGGUGCUUCGUUAGUGGAGGAGUAUGACAAGAAAAUUUGGUUUCAUCAACUGAGCUGAUCAGCAAAGAAUUUCUAAGCUAGCGUUCGAGCGUCAGCCCUACUUUAUUCGCUCUGACUAAAGGCUUACACAUGAAUGAUUGACCAGUAAUCGCUUAUUUUUUUUUCAUAUGAAAGAAAAACUUGUUUUUUCUUCAUACAUGAAAAAUAAAUUUCGUUUCGAAAAAUUUUCCGACGGUUGACAUUUCCAUGGACACGAAAAAGGUCUCUGAGCAAAGGCUGAACGAGUAACUCAGGUUAUGCAAAUCUGAGUGAUGUAAAAGCUAAUAAAUAAAAUCAAACAUCACUUUAAUUUGUGUGCAUUAAAUGAUGGAAGGUAUGAUGAUGUCUGUGAAAAUAAUUGCAUAUGAGUGGCUCUGAUGCUAUGAAUAAUUUACUAAUGGCCCAUUCUUUUUAUAUAUUUCAAUCAGAGAGCCCCCCUUAUUAAUGUCCUUGUACCAUGGGCGGUCGUAUGGAUUUGUAGGAUUUAGUAGGAGAAGAUAUUGUAUCCUCAAUUCAGUCACUGAAUUCUUAGUUAAGUUGUAUCAUAAUUGAAAUCUACGGGUCAACGAUCCUAUAUAAAGGAAAGACUCGUAACAUGCCUGUUAGGAGGAAAGAGUAAAAUCGAGUACGUGUAUCGAUAAGAGCUUAUGACCUCUAGAUCUUCCAUUUGUGAAUCCUAAGAAAGUUACAUUAAUGAUUCACAAUAAAGCAUUUCUUCUGGAUCCGAGGGAUAGUGAUGUUAUUUUGUUGAAAUUCUCCUUCGAUGGAAAAAAAAUGACUAAAGAAAUAUUUGGAUUUAGAUAGAUGAAUCAGUGCGGAGUUAUUGCUUCACGAUGCUUCUCAGUUGUCGUGUCCACUUGGAUGUCCGGUGUUCACUUUCAGUUACUCCAUGUACGGGUGGCAACUUUGUUUUGGUUCGUGAUUUCCAACAAAGUUCAACCCGCUAAAAGCACUUCCCCGUCUGGUGGCACGGCUGGGUGUUACAAGGGUCACAGACAAACUAGUUACCUUGUUCCUCAUCAUCUGUUCUUCAGCCCCCGCAUCUAUUACUUCGCAGAACGACUGCAGAGCUUUGUUUUUCAAAUCGACUGUAUUAAUUUUGUAUAAUCUUUUAUUGAAGUCCCGAGGCUUACUAAACCCGACAUGUUGUUCUUGUUAUGGAGUUUCUUUAUUACUUAUUGGGUUUCAACCACAGCAGGUAAGCUCAAUGUUUAUUCUAUAUCCAUACCCCAUGUAAUUCUAUACAUCGGAUACAAAGCUUUUCAAUGCACUUAUACCAGACAACUGAACUGAAUCAUACCAACAUCCAAAUUCAUGGAUCAGUACAGAAAAUUCAAUCUAAAUUUGCUGAAACCACAGACGAAAUUUGAAGUAUGUACUUGAUUAUGUUUCCUGCUCUGAUGGAUUGGGGAGCAAUGAAUCAUUCUAUAUAUUUAAAAAUGAACGUUAGGUGUGAUUUGUAAACAUUAGUAUUUUAACCUUCAAUGUAAUACAGAUCACAUGAACACAUUUAAUUUCGCUUUUUAUCGUCGUGUAUCCACCUGUUAUCUACUUCAUUAACUUCAAAGAAGUCCGAGAAAUAAAUAAAAAAAAAACCAAUAGUUGUCGAAUAAAAUACGCAUGGCAAUUGCGGGGAUACUAAAAAUGAAGAAAACGGAACAAAGUUUUUCGAGGAUUUUUAAAGCAUAAAAUAGUUUGUGCUUUGUUGAAGUGUUUUAGAGGAAGUACGAAGUUGUCAAAACGAAGACGAUGAGAACGAGAGUAGAGAAUUUUUUUUCCAUAUCGCUCUUAGGUCUAAAGACCUUAGCCAGACAUAAAAUUUUGACGACGACGACAUUUUGUGGUUCAUCAAUUUCAUUAUUUCUUUUUAGAUUUAGUCCGAAAAAGAGUUGCGCCUCAACCCCUUCUUGGUAAAAGAGAUGACAGAAUGCAGACUAUCAGUACGGCUCCAAGUAAGAAUCAGUUUAGUUUUACUUAUUCAUUCUGAUUGAUAUUUAUGUCAGGGGGAGAGUGUGAAAGAGUUCAUCAACUUUUUUCGUUCACAUAAUGGAAAAGAAACGACAUGUUUUUGUUUAGAAAAAAUGGUGCAAAGACUGAAUGACUUACAAAUGAAAAACCACUAAGCAAAACAAAUGCGCACUUUUGGCAAAUUCACGCACGUUGGCGCGACAUCGUGUCGUUCCAUUGUCAUUUCAACAUAAAGCGUGCAUGAUCUUAGUAACUAUAUGUGUCUGUUUCAGUUACCAUCCAUGUCCCGGCACUUUUGAAAGGUCAGGACGCCCGAGUUCCUGCUCCAGCCGCCAUAGCUUCAGAGGCGCCCGAGGGCACAUAUUUGCUUCCUGUAACUGAACAGAAUAAAGAACAACACCCAGCGAUAAAUUUACUGCUCAAUCUUAAGCUUGUCAUGGAUGGAGGUAUCGUUCCUGUCUAGCCUGCUUUCCUGUAACUUACAUCUGAAGAAUUUCAGCCGAACAUAAUUCUCUCGAUCAGUCAAAAAGAACCAAAAUACUCUCGUAGCCUUCUAAUUCCAAAAAAAAAAAAAAAAAAAAAAAAAAAAACCAGAUUUUUUCACAUAUGUACAUCACAAGUAUUGUAACUGUGACUGGGCAAUAAACGAAGCAAUUCUACCGAGAUUGACAACCAAGAUGGAACCAUCUAACAAUGAAUAUGAGACAAUACUCAUUUCGAAGUCAAUGAAUUUCAAUAAUCCAACGCUGUAACACUUGCAGGCAAACAGUUUUUUUCCCCGGCAAUAAAGACCAACGAUUAAAUGCUUUCGCAGUGGGACUCCAACAAUGCAAGACUAUUUUCGUUUUUGGGUCCAGAGCCAAAUUUUUAGAGAAAGUAGAAGAUCUGCACCAAGUAGAACUGUUGUAGCACGAGAACGAUGAUUGACUUGCUCAAUCAGUGUGGCAUAGCCGGGCCUGGGGCUCGUUUCUCGAAGGUCCCGGUAAUUUAACUGGCCCGUAAAGCUGUUCUGUUUUCAUUCAAGAUGCAGGUUUUGAAAAUUAUGCAAUAAACUGUUGGCUAAAGGAACAAACUGUAUUUGUUAGAGUGACAGAACCGGUUUCUCUAUGCUUUAAAUUUUGAUUUUAAAAUUUGGCUUCGGACCCGUAAACUUACCGGGACUUCGAGAAACGGGUCCAGGAGACAAAGCAGAAAUAUAAUGUUAAGCAAUUUAAUGUUCAACAGCCACACGUGUGGAUGUUUGGACAAAAGGAAAAGGAUAAUCUGAAUUUUGGUCGCAAUUGUCGUCUUUCCCAGAGAAAAAGCCCGAUCAAUCAGAAGCCAUGAAAGUGAAUUCCGGUGAGUACGUGGCUCAUGAAGUCAAACUCGUGCCAAAUGUCAAUCUCGAUCCAGCCACUACUCCAGCUUCAUCUGCCGGAAUUCAGGAAGGAAUGGUUCAAGGGAACAUUCCUUCUGCGGUAAGCUCACAGAGGACCAGUUCAAACGGGAUCCAACAACCUGCUAGGAACUAUGGUGUCGUCCCUUCCUUUCUCAUUGUCCCAAAGAGGCGCGUGUUACACAACGUACGAUCUAACCUGAAGACUAACGUACCAGGUAGGUUGACACUCAGCGGAAAUAAAUACAGAAUGUUAACUGGCUAUUUUCAGGGCUUAUUCCGGUUGCCUUAGCACGUACCCACGGUGUUAUCGUUCCUACUGGAUGGGUGGGUAAUCCACUGCAGGAGGGUCUCGGUGGAGUGAUGGCUUUUACGACUAACGGUCAAAAUUUUGGUAAUUGAACGGCUAAAGGUUAAUUUCUUUCCGUUGGGGUUACUGGAAAGAUUUUUAAGGUUAUAUUUCUUUAAGAAGAAUAGUACGCCCAACGGUUUUUUUAAUUAUACGUUUUUACUACUAACGGUACCCUACUGAGAUCCUCUUGCAGGUUACCUUCCCCUCUCCCUCUCGUGACUAAAUGCUUCCCUGGAUACGUAGAUGUGUCGCAACACACAAAUGCACAAUCAUAUGCUGGAUUAUGUUCUUAGAUUAAACCUGUUUCCCUGUUUCUAACAGGGACACCAAUGGCCAGGUUCAGACAACAAUUCCUUUAUGAACACAAUAAAAAGCGCCUGCUCAAUGGAGUGCCACCGCUGACUGAAGACGAGAGGCUUAAUACGGAAGCUCAGAAUUUUGCAUCGGAAUUGGCAAAGCAGAGGAACACAACGCAUUCUCUUUUGAAAAACAGGGUAGGACAAGGAGAGAACAUCGCCCUUCGUUGCUCGUUUAAAGGUUAGAAUCCUCCCCUUACAGCCGUUAUCUAGGCGACCUUUACAGGUAUGAGUUUGGGAUAAAAUUAAUUUUUACAUUUUUUUUAACUUUUUGUCCAGUGAGACUAGCUAUGAUAAUGUUUGAAUACGGCUUUUCCUCAAAUUGAUCAAAGGAAUGUGUUCAAACGAUACUUUUACGGUAUUUUGACGAAUUUGACCAAAUUCCACGUCCAGGCAGCGAUGUGAAUUGUAGCAUUGGUGGCUUCGCAUAACCCCUCUCCUCUACUGUUCAUGCAGGCUCACCUUUGACAGGAGCUCGAGCGACUAAUCUUUGGUAUGCUGAAAGUAAGAAGUUUGAUUGGAAAAAGAAACCAGCAACCCCAGCGAUACAACGAUUGACUCCAAUGGUUUGGAACAAUACCACAAAAGUCGGUUUUGGUAGAGCACAGUUCAUCGAUGAUAGUGAGUGAUCAAUUCUAUUAUUCUUUCUCAACGUUACAUGCUCCUUCAACCGUGAAAAGUGGGGGGGGGGGGGGGGGGAGGGGAGACAUUAGGAGAAAUUUCGUGGGAUGAUAACAAAUAGGGUAACUUAUGUUUAAUACUAGUGUCUACGUGCUUUGCUGAAGUACUUGUAAAUCUGCAGAGGCUUGAAACUAAAACAUUAUUUUUUAUAUCACCAUCAGGAGGAAGAAUCUGCUUCGUAGUUGUUGCUCGCUAUGAGCCUUCGGUAAACGUUGGCGAAACGUUGUUGGACAACAAGCUGGAGCCGAUCAAAGUGAAAUCAAAACAAAACACUGGCAUUUAAUUAUUAACACCACUACUAAAUGAGGGAAAAAUUGGUGACAAAACCAAAAUAAAACUAAUCUUGAACCAUAAAAAGACUUCAUCCUUGUAAACUUUUUUACCAGUUAAGAUUCUUCAAGUCCUGAAUACUUUUUUACAAUUAAAAUCAAAUUAUGUGAGCUACACUUGUG